AUGCUUGACAACCCCAAGUUAGGCAUGAGUGAACUGGUUUUCUUCUGGGUUGAAACUGGCACUCUCAUUCACAUCCUGAUCUGGUUUCAGGUUCCCGAGACGAAGGGCCGCUCCUAUGCUGAACUUAAUGGGCUCUUUGCUCGCAAGGUUCCUGCCUGGCGAUUUUCUGACUCUACCUGCUCAUAA